GACAGACAGGAGGGGGAUGAAGAUGGCGGACGCCAAGCAGAAAAGGAACGAGCAGUUGAAGCGGUGGCUGGGCUCCGAGACGGACCUGGAGCCGCCGAUCCUGAAGAAGAAAAAGACGAAGGUGAAGUUCGACGAUGGCGCCGUGUUCCUGGCCGCCUGCUCCAGCGGCGACACGGAGGAGGUGUUGCGAAUGCUCGACCGCGGCGCCGACAUCAACUACGCCAACGUCGACGGGCUCACCGCCCUCCACCAGGCGUGCAUAGACGACAACCCGGACAUGGUGACGUUCCUGGUGGCGCACGGGGCCAGCAUCAACCAACCCGACAACGAGGGCUGGAUCCCCCUCCACGCCGCCGCGUCCUGCGGGUACCUGGGCAUCGCAGAGUACCUCAUCGGCCACGGGGCCAGCGUGGGCGUGGUGAACAGCGAGGGCGAGACGCCGCUGGACAUCGCCGAGGAGGAGGCCAUGGAGGAGCUCCUGCAGAACGAGAUCAACCGGCAAGGCGUGGACAUCGAGGCGGCCCGCAAGGAGGAGGAGCGCGUCAUGCUGCGAGACGCUCGCCAGUGGGUCAACAGCGGCCAGAUCCAGGACAUCCGGCACGCCAAAUCCGGAGGAACGGCGCUCCACGUCGCCGCCGCCAAGGGCUACGUGGAGGUUUUAAAGCUUUUAAUCCAAGCAGGGUAUGAUGUAAAUAUUAAGGACUACGACGGGUGGACUCCGCUACACGCGGCGGCGCACUGGGGCAAGGAGGAGGCCUGCAGGAUACUGGUGGAGAACCUUUGCGACAUGGACGUCAUCAAUAAAAUGGGCCAGACGCCUUUUGACGUCUCGGACGAAGACGUUCUGGGAUACUUGGAAGAGCUGCAAAAGAAACAAAAUCUGCUGAUAAGUGAGAAGAAGGAAGACAAGAAGUCCCCACUGAUUGAAACCACCACCACGGGGGACAACAACCAACCACUGAAACCACUCAAGAGCAAAGAAAUGCUACUGCUGGAGCCAGAGAAGACCGCCCCGCGGAUCGAGACCCUGGAGCCCGAGAAGGUGGACGAGGAGGAGGAGGAAGAGGAGGGCAAAAAGGACGAGUCCAGCUGUUCCAGCGAGGAGGAGGAGGAGGAAGAUUCGGAGUCGGAGAACGAAGCGGAUAAGAGCAAACCCUCGGCGUCCGUGGGCAACAGCACGACGCCCGCCCGGGGCGGCAUCACCGGGUCCUCUCCCGCCAGUCCUACCAACCAGCUGACCGGCCCCUCGUCGCCCACUAAGAAGUUUGAUUAUGUUGCCCCCCUCAUGCCCGUGGCCGAGCCCGGCUGUCCCGCAUUGUGGCGUCAAGGCUUGCGCAAAACUGGCAUUUCUCUAGUGCCCAAAAAAGCCACGGUCGCCACCCAACCCGCCGCCAAGGUCUCGGCCAAAGUGGAGGAGGAGCGCAAGGACGAGUCGCCGGCGUCGUGGCGCCUGGGCCUGCGGAAGACGGGCAGCUACGGGGCGCUGGCGGAGAUCACGGCCACCAAAGAGGCGCAGCGGGAGAAGGACACCACCACGGGGGUGAUGCGCUCGGCCUCCAGCCCGCGCCUCUCCUCCUCGCUGGACAACAAAGACAAAGAGAAGGAGAAGGACAAGGGAACUCGGCUCGCCUACGUGGCACCAACCAUUCCCAGGAGACUGGCCAGUACAUCGGACAUCGACGAGAAGGAAAACAGGGACUCUGCCGCGCUGAUCCGUAGCGGCUCCUACACCCGGCGGCGCUGGGACGAUGACCUGAAGAACAGCGAAGGGACCACCUCCACAAACAGAACCUCCAGCUACCAGCGGAGCACGUCCCACACGCUAGCGCUAGGGCGGAGCGGCAGCACGCGGGACGUGCCGGCAAAGUCUUCGUCCACCUCCAGCUUGGACCCUAACACCUGUCACACUAAACCCUGGCAGCCGCCCGCCUCCCACUACCAGUCGUACAGCAUUUACCGCAGCGGCUCUUUCGGCAGACGAUACGACGCCUUGAGCUCCUCGACGACCGCCACCACCCCCGCCUCCACCUUGUCCUCCUGGUCCUCCUCCACCACCACCACCACAACAACCACCACCACCACCACCUCAUCAUCGGUUACCUCGCCCACCGGGCACCGCGGCCUGGGCUCCGCCUCCACCCGCGCUGGCUCCGCCGGUCUCACCAGCAGGUACUGGUCAGAGGAGAGCGCAGAGAGGGAAAAGGACAAGGAGCGGGAGUCGGCCACGGUCAUCCCCACCAUAAACACUGGCUCUACCACCACCGCCAUCGGCACGUCCGGCAUUAACACCGCCACCACGGGCACGGGCCCCGAACGACGCAGGUCAUACCUGACACCCGUACGGGACGAGGAGUCCGAGUCCCAGCGGAAAGCUCGCUCCAGGCAGGCCCGCCAGUCGAGGAGGUCCACGCAGGGCGUCACUCUGACCGACCUGCAAGAGGCCGAGAAGACCAUCGGCAGGAGUCGCACCCCGAAGAGCCGCGAGGAGGAGAAGCAGGACAAGGAGAAGCAGGAGGAGAAGAAGGAGUACGAAUCCAAGGAGGACGACUACCGACCAAAGUAUCGCAGCUUUGAAGACCGCUACCGCAUCUCCUCCACCACCUCGUCGUCCUCCAUUUCCACGCUCAGCACUGCCUCGGCCCCGUCUUACUCCAGCACCGCGUUGACCUCCAGCUCCGGCUGCCUCAACAGGCCCAACAGCCUGACGGGCAUCACCUCCUCCUACAGCCGCUCCUCCAGGGACACCGAGAAAGAAAUGGACAAAAAGGAGGAGGAGAAGGAGGGCGACGACAAGUCUCAGCCUCGCUCCAUCCGGGAUCGCAGGCGGCCCCGCGAGAAGCGACGAUCCACCGGCGUCUCUUUUUGGACCCAAGAUGGGGAUGACAACGACCCUGACCGGCAGUCCGACUCGGAGGAGGGCAGCGUCAAGGGAGAGGUGCAGGUGGACCGGUUGUCCAGGAACGACGGCGGCAGCGCGGCGUCCUCCCUGGACCGCAACGACUCGCUGCUCGGCUACGGCGAGAGUCGGAGGACUUACUCCAGCCGGCUGGACAGAGACGACACCACCGACUACAAGAAGGUGGACUCGAUCCCGUCCGGCGUGCGCGUUUGUGUUACGGAUGGCUUCUUGUUCUAUUUUGGCUCUCAGCUCUACGAGCAGAUCUUGGCUGAGAACGAGAAGCUGAAGGCGCAGUUACGCGACACGGACCUGGAGCUGGCCGACUUGAAGCUGCAACUGGAGAAGGCCACGCAGAGGCAGGAACGCUACGCCGACAGGUCGCAGCUUGAGAUGGAGAAAAGGGAAAGACGAGCUCUCGAAAGGAAAAUUUCUGAGAUGGAGGAGGAACUCAAGAACCUCCCGCAGGUAAAGCAGGUUCAGGCUCUGCGUCAGGUUAAGGAGCGGCUGCAGGCCGAGAACCGGGCGCUGGCCCGCGUGGUGGCGAAGCUCUCGCGGGCCGCCCGCAGCCAGCCGCCCCCCGUCGACCUCUAAAAGCCGGCGACACUUCCUCCUCCCCCCUCCUCCCCCGUGCCCCCCUCCCCCCAAUCAUCCCUCCGCUCACGCCCCGCCCACAGACGCUCCCCGACUUGAAAGCGGACAACCAGAGGCUAAAGGACGAGAACGGCGCGCUCAUCCGAGUCAUUAGCAAGCUUUCCAAGUAGAGCAGACCUUCGAGACCACCACCCACCACCCACCCGCCUGUCUAUCUAGCCCCCUCUGCCAGUGACUAAUGGAAUUGCAUCGCAAGAGACAUCAGAGACUCCUUUUUUGUUUUUUUCCCAUCCCCUCCGUUUACAAACCCGACGUCUAUUUAACCAGUAAGCCUUAGUUGUACAUAAAGAAGACCGCUCGUGAGGAACAAUUAUGAUUGUUAUUAUUAUUAUUAAUAUUAUUACAACAACAACACCUGAUUUUACUUGUGCCACGCCGCCUUUUAUUUCCUCCUGUUGUAAGUGUGCUGUGCCCCCUUUCUCCCUUCCUCCUGAGAAGUGCCACUUUUUUUUUUUUUUUUUUUUUUUUUAUAUAUAUAUAAAUAAAUCCUCACACAUGCACUCACUCACUCGCACACAUGCACACACAUAAUAACACCCCCUCCCUGUUCGUUUGACUUUCGAGAGGGAAAAGAAACAGAAAAGAAAAAAAAAAAACGAGGCGGAUCAGGUGGAAUUUAAGCUUUCACUGAAUGUGCAAUAUGCAUUAUUAUUAUUUUUGUUAUUUUUUUUAUGCUUUAAGACAUCACUUGGUUUGUCGGAUGUGUCACUCUUCUCUCACUUUCUCCCCCUGGUUUUCUUGUUUGUUUUUGGCAUGUAGUGUUAGUUGGUUUAUACUCUGUAUUUGUCACCUUGUUUUAGCAGGUACUGAUUGAAGCUGUGUGUAAACACACACAUAUAUAUAUAUAUAUAUAUAUAUAUAUAUGUAUAUAUAUGUGUGUAUAUACAUAAGGCUGUAUGUUUUUGUUUGAGCAGCACACGCUGAGUCUGUUACUAUUAAAAGUAUACAAUUCCACACAGGACAAGCAGGUGUCUUUUUAUUAAUUAAUUUUUUUUAUUAUUUUUUUUAUAAGAGGCAAAAAGUGUUUCAGGUUUCAAAGCGGGACGGCUGACAGUUUUUGUUUUUUUUCCCCUCCCCCUUCAAAGAAAGAGAAACUGCUUGACUGCAGUUCACUUUCUUUGUGUUCACUAACUUGGAUGAGUGCUGUUCUGUUGUUUUUUUAAAUGAAAUUUUUUUUUUUAUAAAAAGCUGUAGUACUAUAGCCAACGAAUCUUAGCCUCCAUUUUAUGAAAAGUCUACGUGCACUGUCGACGCCGCGAGUCCAAAACACGCCGUUGAAAUAUUCCACGCCAACUUUGACGCAUUUCAGUGGCCUUUUUAUUAUUAAGCUUAUUUUAGUCAAAAAGAAGAAGAAGAAAAAAGGAAGUCGCUGCAAAUAGACUGAUGAUGAGGAUAAUUACCAUCGACUCUGGUUAAGUUUUAUUUUCUUCUUUUUUUUUUCUUUCUCAUAAAAUAGGUGUGUGGCUUAAUACAUACAAGCUGUGCUGUGACUACCAACCACUGAAGAGUUCAUUAAAAAUAAACUUGUACAUUGUAAAGUUCA